AUCAGGUGGAAACUUAUAGCAAUGUCAAGGAGGCCAAUCAAUCCAUCACGGCGUGCUGCAGCUGGAGGAGCUGCUUCACUGGGAGCAUCUGUUCGCUCUAAGACAUUUUCUCCACCUUAUUUGUCAAUUGGGCUCAUUGUUGUGGGAGUAUUUCUUGUUAUAGGAUAUUACCGUCGUGACUCAGGUGGUGAUAUACGAGGUCUCGGCAGAGUUGAAGCUGACUUUUCUUGCAAUAGUGAUGUUCAAAGAGCAAUUCCUUAUCUGAAAAAGGCAUAUGGUGACAGCAUGCAUAAAGUGUUGCACGUUGGCCCUGACACUUGCUCAGUUAUUUCCAAACUAUUAACAGAGGAGGACACUGAAGCUUGGGGUGUGGAGCCCUAUGAUAUUGAGGAUGCUGAUAUUCAAUGCAAGAGACUUGUGAAAAAGGGCAUUGUACGAGUGGCUGAUAUUAAGUUUCCUCUUCCAUACCGGGCAAAGUCAUUUCAUCUUGUGAUUGUGUCUGAUGCAUUGGACUACUUGUCACCUAAGUACCUCAACAGAACACUUCCUGAAAUGGCUAGGGUAUCUUCAAAUGGCCUUGUUCUCUUCACUGGUUAUCCACACAAUAAAAAACCCAAGACGGGAGAUAAGGCAAAAUUUGGUCAUUCAGCAAAACUACGCAGCUCUACUUGGUGGAUCCGGUAUUUUAUUGAGACAAGUUUAGAGCAAAAUGAUGCUGCCAGUAAGAAGUUUGAGCAAGCUGCAGUGAAAAGAUCAUAUCAUCCAACUUGCCAAAUAUUUCAUCUCAAGUCCUAUAAUUGAUGAAUCAAAAUGAAACAAUGAAGAGCAGAACACAGUCUUUACCUGGUACCUUUGCACCACCAGAUUAUUAAUUCUUAUUUGUGAUGGUGGCGCUUCUUUGUGCAACCAGGGCACAAUGUAAUUACUUCAGGCUGUCAGCCUCUGCAGCUAACCAAACAAAAUUUUGGUGGAGAUAUUCUUUUUUGAUGAACUUCAGCCGUCUGGUAGUAAAGAGUCUUGCUUGUAGUAUUGUUUGUAGUUUUAUAAUAAACACUUCUUUUUUCUAUAGGGUGGGUAUAGAAUAGAUUUUGCUUCAUUUUGUUUGUAAUUCAAUAGGUAUAGUAGUGCAUCACAAGUGGAUGUUCCCAUAGGCUUUUGACUAGAAUAUUUUGUAUUUUGAAUUAAUAGGUUCUUUGCUUCAGAGAUUUUUUUAAAUCAAAAGAUGAAGCAGAGCAAAACUAGUGUUUCUUUUCUUUCUCUGCAGUCCUGGGAGAAAAUGAAUUAAUGAG